GCUCCGUGUAGCAGACGGAGAUCAGGAUGGCCAAGUCUAAGAACCACACCACACACAACCAGUCUCGAAAGUGGCACAGGAACGGCAUUAAGAAGCCCAGGUCCCAUCGCUACGAGUCCCUCAAAGGGGUGGACCCUAAGUUCCUGAGGAACAUGCGCUUUGCCAAGAAACACAACAAGAAGGGGAGGAAGACCAUCGCCAAGAGAGAGGCCUGCAAAUAGAUGAGGACAGACCCCAGAGACUUCACACGGUCCUCAAUAAAGCUGUGCUUUGACCAAG